AUGGAUUCGCUGGGAAAAUUGGAACAAAUGAAACUCUUUCGUCAUUCAUUUAAAGAUCCAGCUGAAUUUUGUACCCAAAUUGUUGUAAUUCCAAACAAAAUAUCCAAAUUAAUCGGUUUAGAUAUAUUCAGUUCGACAUACAAAAUGCCCAAUUUUUAUACGGCAUUUACCUUGUUCGUAGCUGUGAUGUAUUUGUAUUUCACUUGGACAUCGGUAUAUGAAAUGCGUCACGAUUUGGAGGAGGUCAUCAACUGUCUGGUGACUCUGGGUGUGGCUGUUCAGUGCGUGUGGAAGCUUGCUAUUUUUGCAAUUAAUCGAAAGGAGCUACUCUGGAUGCAUGAGUACAAUAUUUCUUUGUUUAAGGAGGAAUGCAAUCCGAGAACGAAAAGCAUGUUGAUGAGAAAUAUAUUUUUGCUAAGCGUCAUUCUGAAAGUGAUGCUGAUAAGCUACGCUUUUACAAGCUUUUCUCUGGAUUUUGCACCGUUAUUGUAUUUGCUGAAAACUGGAGAAAAGCUACUCCCAUUUGGGUUUUAUAUGCCGUACUUGGACCACAAAAGCUGGGGUGGAUAUAUCAUCAACUACAUGGUGCACAUCCUAAUGACGGUUUACGUAUCUUCCGGAGAUAUGGGACCUGAUUGCUUCUACAUGACGAUGUUAAUGAACUCAUUUACGCAGAUCGAUUUGUUGAUUGAUUCUUUGAAAGAAAUGAAUGAAAAAAUCGAGCAGAAUUGCGAUGACAUUGUGCCAAUUUUUGAGAAAAUCGUCAAACGACAUCAGGAACAUCUGCAAUACUUGAGAACUGUAGAGAAUGUAUUUCGAUUCUUCUACUUCAUUACUUUUGUAUCGUUGUCAUUGGUAUUAGUAACAUCUCUUUUCGCUGUUGUAAUGCUCUCAUGGUAUCAAGGCUAUGUAUUCAUCGCCUUCGUCAGCUACCAAAUGUUUUUCGGUUGCUUUCUGGGAACAAUUUUGGAGUGGAAGAACGAACAACUUCAACGUGAAAUCUACAAUAUUUUGUGGUAUAAAUUGGAAAAUUCGCAACAAAUGUUGUUACGUUUUAUGCUCCUGAGUGCACAGGAUUCCAUUACUUUGACAGUUAUAUUUGGUAAUCUCAACAUACCGACAUUCUUGCAAGUAUACAAAACAGUCUACAGUAUUUUCACCAUGUUGCAAACGGUAAAAGAGGAAUGA